CUUGUUACUCCUUCGCUUUCUUUCUUCUCAACAUCUUUUAUUAUUCUUGUAAGACUAAUUUAUUUUGUUGAUCCAUAGUUAAUGUGAAAAAGGUAUAUACGGUGGGAUCAUACUCCAUUUUCUCAUAAAGGGUUCUUUGAUUCUUCCCUUUACAUAUUUCCCAUCAAUCUAAAAGAAUCGAUUCUCAUCUAGUCCUCCUCUUCUGCCCCUCUAUACAAAGAAGAUAUAAAAUGAAGCAAGAAAUUCUGGAUUAUUCGUUGGUACCUUCGGGUUUAUUGGUAAUGGUGUGUUACCAUAUUUGGCUUUUUCAUAAAAUUAUUAAACAACCCACUAAAACAAUAGUUGGUAUUCAUGCAAUUAAUCGACGUUAUUGGGUUCAAGCUAUGAUGGAGGACAAUAAGAAUGGAGUAUUAGCAGUACAAACACUAAGGAACAACAUAAUGGCAUCAACUUUAUUAGCUUCCACAGCCAUCAUGCUCAGCUCAGUGAUCGCGGUCUUAAUGACUAGCCAUAGUAGUGGCCAUAUGUUCGGGUUAGUCUUGGGUGAUUCAAGCCAAAUGGGAUUCUCCAUCAAGUUUUUCAGCAUCUUGGUUUGCUUUCUUUUAGCAUUCUUGCUAAAUGUGCAAUCAAUUAGGUAUUAUAGUCAUGCUAGUAUCCUAGUCAAUGUGCCCUUCAAGAACAUUUCUUCCCCUUACUUGACACCACAUUAUGUAGCUAGGAUUGUUAACCGGGGUGGCUACUUUUGGUCGCUUGGUUUGCGAGCUUUCUACUUCUCUUUCCCGCUCUUCCUUUGGAUCUUUGGUCCUAUUCCUAUGUUCGGAAGUUGCAUUGCUUUGGUUGUCUUGUUCUUCUUCUUGGAUUUCACCGUUGAUUUUAAGGUUGUAAGUGAUGAUGUCGAUGAUUGUGUUUUGCCAUGUAGUCGUCAUGAUGAACAAACUAAGUAGUCACCGUUUCCAAGUCUUGUUUCAAUUGAAGUAUGUACGGAUGUACAUCUAAGGGUAAUUAGGUGCUAAUGGGUUUGAUUCUCGCUGCCUCUUCACUAGUCCUCACGGUUACUUUCCUAAGUAAUACUAGAAAGUAUUGGAUCAUGUAUUGAAAUAAAAUAAUGCAAUUCAGUUUCAAUCCAAGUUGAACUGAUUACAACAUUUUGCUGUGUUUGUAGUAUCUUUGUUUGAAAUCAAAGUAUGUAGGUAUUGACGAUGUAUUGUAGAUCAUGCACUAAUUGAUAGUCCUUUUUGA